AUGUCUGACUUCUCCGAUGACCAGAUAAUGGAGUACAAGGAGGCUUUCAUGCUGUUCGACCGCACUGGAGAAGGAAAGAUCUGCUUCAGUCAGUGCGGAGAAGUGAUGAGGGCCCUGGGACAGAACCCCAUCAACGCAGAGGUGCUCAAGGUGCUGGGAAACCCCAAGAUGGAAGAGAUGAACCGAAAGAUGCUGGACUUUGAGCAAUUCUUGCCCAUGUUCCAGGCCAUCUCCAAGAACAAAGAGCAGGGCUCGUUCGAGGACAUCGUGGAGGGUCUGCGUGUGUUCGACAAAGAGGGCAGCGGCACGGUGAUGGGGGCGGAGCUACGGCACGUGCUGACAUCACUGGGAGAGAAAAUGACGGAGGACGAAGUGGAGACUUUGUUAGCGGGACACGAAGACGCCAACGGGUGCAUAAACUACGAAGAGCUGGUGCGGAUGGUGAUGAGUGGAUGA